UGAAAUUAUCAACGGAUAAUACACACGAUAACUUCAAGGGUUAUAUGUGUUAGAUAAAAGUGUCUACAGAUAAAGAAAGCCAAAUACUGUAACAUAAAAAUAAGAUGGAUGCAAAUAAUACAACAGACUGGCGCGAUAACAAAACUUUGUCUGACUGUAUGAUGUAUAUGCUACAGAACGAUAUCAUGUGUGACGUCACGUUGAGAGUAGGAGAUGAAAGGACACCUAUUAAAGCACACAAGUAUAUGUUGUCUAGCAGAAGUUCCGUCUUCCAUACCAUGUUUGAGGGGUCUCUACCAGAAAAGGGGGAUAUAAUUAUACCCGAUGUUGAUAAAGAUACCUUUCGGGAUAUUUUGAAAUAUUUUUAUAGCGAUAACAUCACAAUUACAAACAGUAAUGUGCAGGAGAUGCUGUAUACUGCUGACAAGUAUAUGUUAGCUUCCGUUAAGAUAGAAUGCGAGACAGUUCUGAAGAAGACAGCAAAAUCAGAGCAUGCGACCAAGGCUUUACAAACCGGAUACCAAUAUCAUCUGUUAGCACUCCAAACAGACAGCCUAGACUAUAUUGAGAUGAAUACAAAGGCAUGCCUUCUUUCAGAACAUGCAAUAAGCCUAUCCAAAGAUUGUUUGGAGCUGAUUUUGAAAUCAGAUUAUCUAGACUGCACUGAAACAGACAUCUGUCAGUUUGUUCUCAAAUGGGGAAAACACCAGUGUAAGCUAGCAAAUCUAGAGCCCUCUGGUGGAAAUAUGCGAGAAGCCCUUGGGAAAAUCCUGUAUCUGAUAAGAUUCCCAAAUGUAGAAAUGAAUUUUUUCUCUGAAGCCGUUGCCAAAUCUUGUUUACUGACGAGUGACGAAAUAAUAUCUAUUUAUCAGUCCCAUUUCGGUGUAACAUCAAAAGCCUUUCCAAGUUGUCUGAGAGCUCCUGUAGCUAUACGUCAAACAUAUACCAUCAACAGAUAUGAACAAAUAACUGGACCUAUGGGAACAUCGGGGAAACAGUCCCUCAUUUUUCACUCAGAUAAAGAUAUUUGGCUUAAAGGAGUUGUAAUUUUUCUUCCUUGUAUUCAACCAACCUUUGGAGGAUUACAUGCUCUUGGUGACUAUGACGAACUAUCUGAUGGAUACUCUAACCAACUACCUUAUAGAUACGACCAAUUAACUAACUACAUUUCAGUAAUAAACAUUUGCAUCCGAAUAAUGAAUGAUAUCAGCGAGGAAAAGAUUCAUGAAAACCAACAAACAAACUAUGGUCCAAAUACUGGUCACAUUUGGCAAAUGGAAUUUUCGAAACCAGUUCGUAUUCAUUCCACGAGAGAUUACAUAAUUCAAAUGGACGAUAUUGGACUUCAGACUUAUUAUGGUACAGAGUGUAAAGAAUAUGUCACAGACCAGCAAACUGGUGUGACUAUAAAGUUUAAGAACUCUCAAGUGAGUGGUGCUGGAACUGACAUUAAUCAAGGACCAUUUGCAGGGUUUUUAUUUAGUGUGUAAAUUGAUUUUUAAAAUUUCAAACAGCAAUCAACAAUUUAUUAUUAACAUAGAUUGGUAUCGGAUAAUUCCGGAAAAGACGAUGAGGGUUUUGUGUACCGGUGUUUGUCUUUUGUUCCUUUUCUUUAUUCACAUUGUCAGUUUAUUUUCGAUUUAUAUGCCUUUAGUAUCCUUCGCCUCUC